GGCGGCGGCACUGACGGGACCGGGCGGCGGCUCCCCGGCCUGACCCCGCUCCCCCGCCAGGCCUGGGCGCGAGUGGGAGGCGGCGGCGAAGAAAGAGCGAGCAUGGCCGAGACCCCGCCGCCGCCCGCGGCUGGGGCUGAAAGUUGCAGCGAGGAGCCGGCGAGGGGCGGGGAGCUGCCGCCCGAGGAGCCGCGCCACGCUGCCGCCGGGGUCACGGGGCGAGAGGACGAGGCGCGGCCGCAGCCGGCCUCCCCCGCGGGGCAGUCGGAGCCCGACUCGCCGGUGUCCGCCCCCUUCUUCUUGCUCUACCCGGGCGAUGGAGGCGCCGGCUUCGCAGCGCGCCCGCCGCCGCCGCAGCAGCGCUCCUGGAGGACCCCGCCGUCGCCGGGCUCUCCGCUGCCCUUCCUGCUGCUGAGCUACCCGGGCGGCGGCGGCGGCGGCGGCAAGCAGCAUCCUAACUAUCUCAUGGCUAACGAACGCAUGAACCUGAUGAACAUGGCCAAGCUGAGUAUUAAGGGCUUGAUUGAAUCAGCUCUGAACCUGGGGAGGACCUUGGACUCUGACUAUGCACCUCUCCAGCAAUUCUUCGUGGUGAUGGAGCACUGUCUGAAACACGGCUUAAAAGCUAAGAAGACUUUUCUUGGACAAAAUAAGUCCUUCUGGGGGCCACUAGAACUGGUAGAAAAGCUUGUUCCAGAAGCUGCAGAGAUAACAGCAAGUGUUAAAGAUCUUCCGGGACUUAAGACACCAGUAGGCAGAGGAAGAGCCUGGCUUCGUUUGGCAUUAAUGCAAAAGAAACUCUCAGAAUAUAUGAAAGCUUUGAUCAAUAAGAAAGAACUUCUCAGUGAAUUCUAUGAACCCAAUGCUCUCAUGAUGGAAGAAGAAGGAGCCAUAAUUGCUGGACUGUUGGUGGGUCUGAAUGUCAUUGAUGCCAAUUUCUGUAUGAAAGGAGAAGAUCUGGACUCUCAGGUUGGAGUUAUAGAUUUUUCAAUGUAUCUCAAGGAUGGGAACAGCAGCAAAGGUAGUGAAGGAGAUGGUCAGAUUACUGCAAUUCUGGACCAGAAGAACUAUGUAGAGGAACUCAACAGACACCUGAAUGCUACUGUAAAUAACCUCCAGGCAAAAGUAGAUGCAUUAGAAAAAUCCAACACUAAACUGACAGAAGAGCUUGCAGUUGCAAACAACAGGAUUAUUACCUUGCAAGAAGAAAUGGAACGAGUUAAAGAGGAAAGUUCCUACAUACUGGAAUCCAAUCGGAAGGGUCCUAAGCAAGACAGAACUUCAGAAGGGCAAGCACUAAGUGAAGCAAGAAAGCAUUUGAAGGAGGAGACGCAAUUACGAUUGGACGUUGAGAAGGAACUGGAGAUCCAGAUCAGCAUGCGGCAGGAGAUGGAGCUGGCCAUGAAGAUGCUGGAGAAGGACGUGUGUGAGAAGCAGGACGCCCUGGUGUCCCUUCGGCAGCAGCUGGAUGACCUCAGGGCUCUCAAGCACGAACUCGCCUUCAAGCUGCAGAGUUCAGACUUAGGCGUAAAACAGAAAAGUGAACUAAACAGUCGCUUGGAAGAGAAGACUAAUCAGAUGGCUGCUACCAUCAAGCAACUGGAGCAAAGAUUGCGCCAGGCUGAGCGAGGCCGCCAGUCUGCCGAGUUGGACAACCGGCUCUUCAAACAGGAUUUCGGAGACAAGAUCAACAGUCUGCAGCUGGAGGUGGAGGAGCUCACCAGGCAGCGGACAGGAAAGAAAGAAGAUUUCAAAACAACAGACAUCCCAGGAGGUUCUCAGAAGCCAGAACCCAAGAUGGACGGGAAGCACAAAAUUCAAGAGGAAAAUGUUAAACUAAAAAAGUCCCUGGAAGAAAACCACAGGCUGCAGUCUCACCCUAUGGAUGAACAGGAUCAGCCACUGCUCCCUGCAAAGCCACAGGUGUGUCAGCUAUGCCACGAAGACGGCGGCCCAUCAAAGAAUGUGUGUAAGAACUGCACAGGAACCUUCUGCGAUGCCUGUUCAACAAAUGAACUGCCUCUUCCUUCAAGUAUCAAGCCUGAGCGAGUUUGCAAUCCCUGUCACAAGCAUUUGAUGAAGCAGUAUUCCACCAGCCCGUCCUAAGACUGGAGGCUGAGACCUGGACCCGCAUGUUCACGCAGGGCCAUUCUCCCCCUGUGUUAGACGUCAGCGUCCCCUAAUGCCCAGGCCUUAGAAUCAACUAGACAGUUGACAGGAAUGAUUUAAGUAAACUAGGUCCAGGGAGAAAGGCAGUUGGGGGUGCUAGAAAUUUUGCUCAUUUUCCCUAAUGACUGUAUGAAUAAAAGUUACUCAGCCGAGGCUUCUAAAUCUAAACAGCCCCACUUUGAAGGGUGUAUUUUAUAGCCUAUCUUUGGAAAGGCUAUUCAUUUUUAUGAGUAGAGUUAAUACUACUGGGGGGGGGGGAAGUAAUAGAGUCCAAGCAGGUAAGAAUAAAAAGGAAGAUGAUCGUCUCCCUGUUGCAUUUGCAGAGUCAACGGAGACAAAGAAAUGUUCAUUGAGAUCAAAAUGACAGAUGUUACAUAUUUUCCCAGGUGCUGUUAGACAACUUUGUUUCCUCUUCACCCCCACCAACUACCUCUUUAAGUAUCUCUACCAAACUGUGAACUCAAACUCAGGGAAAAGAAACUAAAGAAUAAUAUAAAUUCUGAAUGUAUUGAAAACAAUAUUGUAAUAUAUUAUAAUUUCAGGACCAGAAUAUCCUGGUCUUGGCCUACAAAGGUUUUCAUUAUUAGAAGAAUAUUUGUCAUUUUUCUAUUUAAUGACUUCAAAAGUAACUAUCUGCCCUUUUCAGAAUCUCCUACCACAAACCAGCUGGCUCCUCCCUCCUCGUAAAUUAUAAUGGAAAUUGUUUUAAAGAUAGGGUUUGACUUUUCCAAACAGCAAAUAUUGUUUAAAACAAAGUCAAGUCAGGGAUAGAGUAAAACAAGUUUAAUUUGUUGAUGGCUGAGAACAAUUAGCUCAGACUAUCAGAUUAUUUCUUGAAUAAAGGAUUCCUUAUUCUGAGCCCCAAAUCAGAGCUGGUAGACAGGCUUCUCGGAAAGGGCAGUGCAGUCACCCCCAUUACCCAUGGGGGUUCCACGAGUGCUCAAGUCCCUUACAUAAAGUGGCGCAGUAUUUGCGUCUGACCUACAUGCUUCAAAUCAUCUCUGGGUUGCUUACACUACUGAAUGCAAUGCCUACACAUCAUUUCAUCUGUGUGGCUUGAGCAUAGGCCUUGGUGCACUUGGUGUUUUAAAGUUUGCUCUUUUGGAGCUUUGUGGAAUUAUUUUUCCACCUAUGUUUAAUCAGCACUUGGUUUGAAUCUAUAGAUGGAUGUGGAGAGCUGACCGUGCUCAAACAUCUCAGUAACAAACUCUUUGGGGGAAGGAGGAAGUGUAUUCAGCAAGGGAAGGAAAGAAAUGGUAUAUACUAUUUUGAUUAUGUUGCAUGUGUCUCAAUUGUGUGAUUACAAUGAAGAUCCAAGAAGAUACGAUUCUUGUGACUAGUUUAGAAUUCUGGGGUGGAAACAUCUGGAACCAUGUUAUUUGAUAAAUUCUGUCUCCUAGAAAGGGCUACAGCCUGGGGAAGAGUUGUUAUUCCGGAAGUCUGGCCUGUUACUUAGUGAAGUUGAAGAAUACAAGGUAAAAAUAAAAUCUAAUAAUUCUAGCCUA